AUGUACCAAUACCAAGGCUUUUGGUACAACUGUGGAAUUCUUGGUGUUGGUCCAUUGGCAGUUCAAGAUCACUUCAAGGCACUACCCUGUGACAUUCUUAUUGCUAGCAUCCCCAAGUGUGGCUCAACUUGGCUGAAAUCUCUAGCCUUUUCUGUCAUGAAUCGCAGAUCUCAUCCUCCAACACAACAUCAACAACACCCUUUGCUCUCAUUCAAUUCGCACGAUCUCGUGCCAGGAUUAGAGACGAAGCUAUAUAACAACAACUUCAAUGGCAACAGAAUUCCUAACCCAGAUAUCCUUCCAUCGCCUAGACUGCUUGGCACACACAUGCCUUACACAUCACUACCACAAUCUGUAACACUUUCAGGCUCUCGGAUUGUUUAUAUUUGCAGGAACACCAAAGAUAAUUUAGUAUCAUGGUGGCAUUUUCUUAACAAGAUAAGGAUGAACGUUUCCCUGGAGCCUAUGAAACUAGAAGAGGUCUUCGAGAUGUUUUGUGAAGGGGUAUCUGCAUUUGGGCCAUUUUGGGAUCAUGUGUUGGGGUAUUGGAAAUUCAGCUUAGAAAGGCCUCAAAAUGUGCUCUUCCUCAAGUAUGAUGAGAUGGUGACUGAACCAUCUCUUCACUUAAAAAGGAUUGCAGAGUUUAUGGGGUGUCCCUUUUCCUCAAUGGAGGAGAAGGAAGGGGUGGUUGAUCAAAUAAUAAAACUCUGUAGUUUCGAGAAUUUAAGCAAUUUAGCAGUGAAUAAAAUUGGAACAGGUGAUAAUGAUUUUCCUAACAGUGGCUUCUUUAGGCAAGGUAAAGUUGGAGACUCUGCAAAUUACCUCUCACCUGAGAUGAUGGAGAAGCUUGACUGCAUCACAAAGCAAAAAUUUCAUGGUUCAAGCUUAACACUCUAA